CUCAGUCAUAUUUUGUGUGUUAGAGAGUGAAGAAGCAAUCAUUCAUUUAAGUCCUGUCUCAAAUUCAAAACGUUGAUAAGCCUGGAAUUUUAUCAGUGGGGGCAUUGAACGCAUUGAAAAUCAAUUGAGUGUCUAGAAUAUUCCAAAGAUAGCAAAUUGUCUAGUUCUUCUCCGACCUUCAAAGUAUCAUGUGUAACAAAAAAGCAUUCGUAUUCCUCCUACUCGUAUCCAGUCUUAUCCGACCGGAAGCCUCCACCUGGUCAAGAAAUAAGGAUUAUGGAUUACGACGAUGUAAAUCUGAUUCAGAUUGUGAUAGCAACAAGUUCUGUUUCUUCAAUAGAGACGAUGGGUAUUGCAAUCCUUGUAUCGAUUGUACAGAAAGAUACAAAAGGAAAACUCCUGUAGGGGUUUGCGCCAAGAGCAGAAGCUUAUGUGGUUCAUGUAUAACAGGAUAUAUGGACAUAGACGGAGAAUGCGUACAGGGGGAUUUGACUUUGCCUGAACCUACCAGCACCAUAUUUCUGGAAGAUAGGACUUAUUCUGAAAACCCAUGGAUAAUCGCAGGCUAUGUUGUCGGAGGAAUCAGUGUAUUGCUGACUGGCUGGCUGGCUAAGAAAGCUAUACUAUUUAUAAAAAGAAGAGCUAGGGAAAAAAAGAAAGUUGAUGAGCAAAUUAAUCUUAAUAUGGCUCUUUUAGAAUCUAGAAAUGCCGGAGAUAACAAUGAAACCAAAAAUCUUAACUCGCCUACUGAUACCCCUCCUCCCCCUGUAUCUACUGAUAGUUCUACUCCCCCUUGUUCAGACGAGGGCGAGAUUGAGGGCCUAAUUGCAGCAAACGUUGAUGAAACACUUACCAAAGCUACACCAUGUACUCCUCCACCUCCAAGAAGUACUCCGCUGCGUAGAAGCCAUCCACCUCCUAUAAGUACUCUGUCCCCUAGAAGUCAUCCAGGACCACAAAGUACUUCAACGCAUCCUAGAAUCCCUUCACCGCCUAGAACUCCUUCACCGCCUAGAAGUUCUUCACCGCCUAGAAGUUCUUCACUGCCUAGAAGUCAUUCACUGCCUAGUAAUUCUUCACCGCCUAGAAGUCCUCCACCGCCAUAUAGUCCUCCCCCACCUAGUAGUCCAUCAGGACCUAGAAGUCCACCAAGACCUAGAAGUCCACCACCACCGGGAAGCCAUUCUUACUUAAAAGUUCUCCACCGCCUAGAAGUAUGCAUCAGUAAUCAAUCAUAAGUUUAGUAACAUUGAUCCUAGCUUUCCAUGAGGGUCAAAGGUUUGUCAGAGUUUUGAAAACCUUUGGCAACUUUGUAUGUGAACCUGCCAGGGCCAUAUUUUUCCUUUUUUUAGCUUUACAAUGUUCAUUAUUAAUAUCAAAUUGGAAAUUAACCGUGAUCUUGCCAAAGUGUUAUUUUGCUUGCUCUAUUCUUCUCUAGCUGUCUUUCAAACUUCUGAACUUUCAAGGAUUACUUUUUAUACUAAAAUCACUAUGAAAAAUUAACUAAAGGCAUUUAUUGAAAUUUUAUCAAUAAGAUCUCCUCUUUUAGAACAUAAAUUUCUUCGUAAUAAUAAUAUUCGCUUUUUUUCACUUUAUCACUAAAAAAUUCUACAAUCUGCAGUACUCGCAAAAACUUGUGAAAUUUAAAAUAAAAUGUUUUUAAUCCAAUUUAAGGCAUGUCCGAUUAACAAUGGUGCCCUUAAAAGUAUGAGUUAGACAUCCAUGUUUGUAAUGGUAAAAACUGAUAAGCUUUAAUUGAAUUUUUAGUUAUAAAAACUAAAAAAGUGAUUUGGGUAUUUUUGCUACAAAGCUUUACAGGGUACAGUCGUGAAUCGUACAAGCCCCUCUUUAUAUGGAGAGUCUCUUUAUAUGGAGAGUCUCUUUAUAUGGAGAGUCUCUUUAUAUGGAGAGUCUCUUUAUAUGGAGAGUCUCUUUAUAUAGAGAGUCUCUUUAUAUAGAGAGUCUCUUUAUAUGGAGAGUCUCUUGAAAUUACGUUAAAAUCCCUUAAGUAUUAAAUUUUAAAUCUAAAAAUUAUGAAUGCAUU